AUGGACAAUGGCAACAACCAACAUGAACAAUUUUGCAGGAUGGUGCAACGGAAAUUAAGCCAGGACAAGUAUGAUGCGAAGAAAGAUGAGAAACUCGGCAUGCUCUUGCGCAAAACAUUAGCCUACACGUCGUUGUCAAUGUGUAUCACAGCUGUUUUUGUGCAGGUCGUCAAAGGAUCAUCGCCGCUUUGGAUUCGCAUCCUAGUGGGCAUACUGCGGAUAUGGUUUUUCAUUUACGACUGUUUGAACUAUAUUCCAUAUCAGCUAUUUAAUUCGCCUACGGAGAAGCUACGUAAAUCGUCCAAGGUCAAGGCUCAAUGGGUGGAUACACGUGAUGGCCCUAUAAGGCAUGUGGAUGGCUUGAAAAGUGAGGAAUUCCCAGGAAAGGAUACUGUUGAUAAGGUCGUCAAAGGAUCAUCGCCGCUUUGGAUUCGCAUCCUAGUGGGCAUACUGCGGAUAUGGUUUUUCAUUUACGACUGUUUGAACUAUAUUCCAUAUCAGCUAUUUAAUUCGCCUACGGAAAAGCUACGUAAAUCGUCCAAGGUCAAGGCUCAAUGGGUGGAUACACGUGAUGGCCCUAUAAGGCAUGUGGAUGGCUUGAAAAGUGAGGAAUUCCCAGGAAAGGAUACUGUUGAUAAGGUGUGGCGUCACAUUGUGGAGUUGUACGAUGAAGCUCCAGCUCUUGGUACCCGCCAGCUGCUGGCAGUCCAUCAUGAAAAGCAAGAAGGUGGACGAGUUUUUGAGAAGUGGGAGAUGGGCGAAUACGAGUGGAUGUCGUACCGUGAAGUCGAAGCAAAAGUGGCGGUUGUAGCCGCAGGUUUGAAGGAUGUUGCCACCGGGGAAGAUCCCAAGGUCGUCAUUUUCGCUGAGACUCGAGCUCAUUGGCUUAUCACAGCGUUGGCAUGUUUCCGAGUAAAUAUUCCAAUAGUUACCGUGUAUGCUACUUUGGGUGAAGAUGCGAUUUCGCACGCUAUUGAUGAAACCGGCUCUACCAUUCUCAUAACAUCAUCGGAGUUGCUAGGCAAAAUAGAGACCCUUGGCAAACGCUGCAUUUCUCUUCACACUCUCAUCUUUUUCCCGGCCGUAAACAAGGAUGCACCGCAACCAGAUUUGGAACCCUUCCGGAAGCAAUUCAAGGAGGUUCUGUCAUUCAAUGAUCUUUUGACGAGAACGAGUACAACAAUCAAGCAGUCCACGGCUUCUCCUGAAGAUCUUGCAUUGAUCAUGUAUACAUCGGGAACCACUGGUCCGCCAAAGGGAGUCAUGCUGUUGCAGAAAAACAUUGUUGCUGCCAUAUGCGGACAAGGCAACGGUGUUGCCAUUAUCAACGAUACUGACACGUACAUUGGAUACUUGCCGUUGGCGCACAUCCUCGAAUUAGAUGCAGAACUCACAUCGCUGUGUUAUGGCUGCAAGAUUGGCUAUUCUAGUCCGUUAACGUUGCAUGAUCGUGCAAGCAAGAUUAAACAGGGUACCCAUGGCGAUUGUCAUGCACUUCAACCAACCCUGAUGGCAGCUGUACCAGCGAUCAUGGAUCGCAUAUUCAAAGCCGUAUCUGAGGAAGUUGCCGCGAGUCCAAGAAUUAUGCAGGAAUUGUUCAAGCUCAACUACGAACGUAAACGGGCUCGAUACCAAGAAGGUUACUGUAGUCCAUUUCUUGACAGGAUUAUAUUCAAGAAGAUUCGCAGACUUUUGGGUGGGCAGUUGAGAGGCGUGCUCUCAGGUGGGGCGCCUCUGAACGCCGAGACGCAAAGAUUCAUGAAUAUUUGCAUGUGCUGUCCUGUUGUUCAGGGCUACGGUCUAACCGAGACAUGUGGUGCAGGAUGUGUUGCCGAUAUCAACGAUCUUAGUACGGGUACUGUUGGUCCUCCAGUUCGUUGUUGUGAAAUUGUGUUACGUGAAUGGACUGAAGGGGGGUACUCACCGUUCAAUGAUCCACCUCAAGGCGAAAUCCUGAUCACCGGUGAAAAUGUGUCGCCUGGAUAUUUCAAGCAGCCAGAAAAAACUGCUGAGGAGUUCAUUAUGUAUAAGGGAAAGCGAUAUUUCUGCACAGGAGACAUUGGUGAAAAACGUAAAGAUGGGUCGUUGAUAAUAGUUGAUCGCAAAAAAGAUCUCGUGAAGUUGCAACACGGUGAAUACGUCUCGCUCGCGAAGGUUGAAUGUGCACUCCUCAACUGCCCGAUCAUUGACAAUGUUUGCGUAUAUGGGUAUGGCCUCGAAGCCAACACGGUUGCAUUGGUGGUGCCGAAUCUGAAGCAUCUGGAGAAGAUCGCCGAACAGGUUGGAGAAACGUCUCGGGAUCUAAAGGUGAUGUGUAGAAAUGAGAAGGUAGAGGCUGAAUUCCUCAAACAACUCAACGAACAUGCCAAAAAGAGUAAACUCACGAAGGCGGAGAUGCCUGUUGCCAUUCAUUUGUGCGAAGAGAUCUGGACGCCUGAUAGCGGUCUUCUCACGGAAGCGCUCAAAUUGAAGCGGAAACCUCUGCAGUUGAAGUAUCAGACAGUGAUUGACAACAUGUACGACAAACUUCGCUUAGCGUCGUAA